CUUUGGCUGUGCAACUAAACUCGACUGUAGAGGCCUGAACUGGAGUCUCUGGCCCACGCUUCUGGAUUAUGCGGCAAUUGUUGUUGAAGACUGUUGCUCUAUUGCUGCUGCUGCUAGCGCUGGUGAGCAGCAAGCCGGCUAAAGAGCAACUGCUGCUCAUAGAUGCAGCGCCUUCGGUGGUGGCCUAUCAGGGCUCCUCACAAACGCACACACGCUUUGUCAUAGCGCCCAUGGGACGCUCGCUGGGCUAUUUGCAGCCCACAAAUGUGAAUCAAACUUUUCAUACACAAAAGAAUGGCAGCUAUGAGCGAACUGGGCCCGAGCUGCUACAAAUAAAUCCUGUUUAUGUUCAUCAUUAGUUGACAACAAUAAAU